AUGGGAAUUAAGCCUAACAGAGAUUUAAUUGAGGCUCUAGUAGGUUUUUGGGACCCCGCGAACAAUGUCUUCAGGUUCAAAGAUUGUGAAAUGACACCCACAUUGGAAGAAUUAGGUGGGUUCACCGGAUUGGGGAGAGACCUUCGUGGGAAAAGGCCUGCUGCUCCGAGAAAAGUUGGUGUGAACAACUUUUUAAAGAAGUUAUGCCAUCGAAUUCCAAUGGUUUGCUUAAACGAAGGUUGGGUUCCAUCGGAAUAUUUUUAUAACAGAUUUUGGGAUGAGAAAGGGUUUGAGAACUUCUCGGGCACAAAAUUUGUCAACCAGUUGAGUUACGACGCUUGGAGGGAGUUGAGAAUCUUCGCGUUCAUGAUAUCAUUUCUAGGGAUCAUGGUCUUUCCGGAGCGUGGUGGGCGCAUCAGAAUUCGAUUGGUUGCGGUAGAGGAUCAUACCAUUCUUCCCAUGAUUUUGGGAGAUAUUUUUCGAGCUUUGACCCAUUGUCAAGAAGGUGAAGAUUACUUUGAGGGAUGCAACAUUCUGCUGCAGAUGUGGUUCAUAAAGCACCUUUAUCAUCAUCCAAUAGUAGUAAAUUUCAAUGAUGAUUGGCUGAAUUACAUUGGAUGUCACCCAGACAGAGCUGCGAGUUGUAAUCUUCCAGAGGGGGUGAGGGCUUGGCGGACAUUAUUUGGUUCAUUGAGUGCUGAUAAAAUCACUUGGAACUAUUAUUGGUUCCCUUCUUCUAGGGUCAUGCAUAUGUCGACAUAUCGCCCAUUCUUCAUACUCAUGGGUUUUAGGGGUUUCCAACCCUACGCACCUUUAAGCGUCAUACGCCAGUUAGGGAGAGGGCAAAAGAGGCCCCCGAUUGAGGACAUGCGCCCGUUCAUGUGGGAAUUCAAGGGAGAGGAACCUCCAAGGGAGUCAUAUGCACAGAAGAUUUGGUUUGGUAGUCGAUUUUCCGAUUUAGACGAGAUGGUAGCUGAUCAUGAACGUGGGGAGGUAAGCCUCGCAUACCUUGAGUGGUUUCACAACCAGGCUAUCCCCGAGCAAAGGACAGAGAGAUCCAUACGGUACGCAAAUGAUUGGGAGAGAGAGAUCGAGGUCAGAGUUAGAGAAACCAGAAGGGAAGUGAUGCAAGAGUUCCAAUCUCGUAUUGACACUUUACAAGAAGAUAAGGGCAUUCUGGAGACAGCCAUUGACGUACAACAAGCUGAUUUUGAGCGGGAAACGGCUCAGUGGGCACGAGAGAAGCAAGCACUCAAAGCCCAAAUUUGA